GAAUUAUUUAAAAGUGAAAUAAUAGUAAUGCAAGCCGAAAUUGUCUAUUGCAUAAUUUAUUCACAUUAGCCUAAUAGAUGUCAAAAUUGUCAAGGGCAGGAGAAACAUGGACGUAUAUAUUCUUACGUCCAUGGAAGGAAAUUACCAUUAUACCAAUAUGGCUGCAAACGAUACUCCAGAAAAAUUCCCAUCAGAGACUGCUUAUAUCAGCAAUAUCAAUAGCUUGUCUAUACCAAAAUGUAUUUUACUAUUCAGUGGAAAGAGGAAAUCAGGAAAAGACUACAUCACAAAUAUCUUGCAUGAAAGAAUUGGAUCUUCAGAGUGUACAAUUAUAAAAAUCUCAGGCCCGAUAAAAAGUCACUGGGCUAAAGCUGCAAAUCUGGAUUUUGAUAAAUUACUCGGAGAUGGGGAGUACAAAGAGAAAUAUCGCUUAAAAAUGGUUAAGUGGAGUGAAGAGGUUAGAAGGACGGAUUAUGGCUAUUUCUGUCGAGCAGCAAUUCAAAUGUAUAAUGAAAAAAAAAUACCAAUUUGGAUUGUAAGCGAUAUUAGAAGAAAAACAGAUAUACAAUGGUUUAAUGAAAAUUUUGGAGACAAAUGUAAAACAAUUCGCAUCCACGCCAGUGAGAAAGUUAGACAAGAGCGUGGUUACGUCUUCACCCCAGGUAUAGACGAUUCAGAGACUGAAUGCGACCUGGAUGACGUCAACAAAUGGGAUCUGGAUAUAUUAAAUGACGGGAGUGACACAGAAAAUAUUCUACAGAAAGUUUUACAAUUAACUCAGGAAAUGUAGCUAAUUAAAGUAGGUAGGGAUUAUCGUUAACCUAAUCAUUCCAUCGAAUGAAAUGUAGAUUUCCAUUUAUGUCAUAAGUUAUACAAUUUUGUACGUGAUGUAUAAUUAUUGUUCUUAUAGCACAAAAAAAAUAUCACCUGAAUAUACAAAACGACUAGA